AUGUCAGUGACGAUUCACACUAAUUUCGGCGACAUUAAGUGCGAGAUCUCUUGCGAUGAAGUCCCCAAAGCAGCCGAGAAUUUUUUGGCAUUAUGUGCCAGUGGCUAUUAUGAUGGAACCAUAUUCCACAGAAAUAUAAAGGGUUUUAUGAUCCAAGGUGGAGACCCAACAGGCACAGGAAAAGGUGGGACCAGUAUAUGGGGCAAGAAAUUCAAUGAUGAGAUAAGAGAAUCUCUGAAGCACAAUGCUAGGGGGAUACUAUCAAUGGCCAAUAGUGGUCCCAAUACCAAUGGAAGUCAGUUCUUCAUAACUUAUGCAAAACAACCACAUCUCAAUGGAUUGUACACCAUCUUUGGCAAAGUUAUUCAUGGGUUUGAAGUUCUAGAUAUCAUGGAAAAGACUCCAACGGGACCAGGGGAUCGACCUCUGGCAGAGACAAGAAUCAAUCGUGUGACUAUACACGCCAACCCACUCGCUAACUAG